AUGGUCGCCGACGCUGCGUUCCAGUUUUUCGCUCCAGCCGGUCAGUGCUAUAAUGCUCUGAACUUCGUCAUCGAUGCGUACAAAAACUACCAGAGUGUUUUCGAAUCUCUGAACGCUCUGUUUGAAAAACGUGCUGAGUUCCUAGGACGUCUGCCCAGAUCGUCUGACCAGAUACGUCAAAGAAAAGAUGAGCCUCGGACUAAGCAUUGUCUCCUGUAA